CAAACUAGUUCAUUCGGCCGGACCGCGCGACUCCGCAAUAAUAUAAUAUUAUUAUAUUAUACUCUCGGCAGACGCGCUGAUGCUGUGUGCGCGUGACCACAGACACACGAAAACCGGUCACAGCUCAUUCGGCGGACCGACCCCGCAGAACGCAAUCCUAUUAGUGCGAACGCAAAGUUCGCCAACACCGUAGUCCGUUACCGCGACCCGCCGUCCCCGAUCGACACUCGAACCGCGUUUAUAUUUUUGUCGCUAUAAUACACACAUUAUACACACAUAUCGCCGUAUAUUAUAUUAUAUUUAUAGGUUACUAUAUAUCGUCGCGAUCAUGGCCCGCGGCGACGAACAACCGCCCCCGAUGGGUCGGGUGCAGAGUACCGUUUCGUUUGCGGCGACGACGAUGAACGACAACCGUGGCAAUCGCGACAACCGCGACGACGACAACGACGACGACGACAAUCACUCGUCCACAUGCAGCACCGGAGAUGUACAGCAGGACGAGGAAGAGAUGCCGCUGGUCGACGCGACCAGGACGAGGAUGUUCAGCGUGUCCGCGGACAGGCCGAUCACCAGGAUCCCGACCCGGGUCGACAUGAAGACGUUAACGCACAAAGCGAAACGACCGGCUGUCGACAUCGAAUUCCACGACCUGACUUAUGCCGUCAACACGACAGCGGGACAAAGAACGAUACUAAAAGGUAUACAUGGUUUCUUUCGUUCGGGACACCUGACCGCCAUAAUGGGUCCUUCCGGUGCUGGGAAGAGUUCGCUGAUGAACAUACUCGCUGGAUACGUGAGAACUGACAUCAAAGGACAAAUUCUUACAAAUGGGCAUCCUAGGAAUAUGCAACUUUUCAAAAAACUUUCAAGUUACAUAAUGCAAGAAGACCUGCUUCAACCCAGACUCACAGUUAUAGAAUCAUUGAGUUAUGCGGCUAGAUUGAAAAUUGGUCGUGAAUUAUCGAAAGAAGACAAAGAAAAAGCUGUGGACGAGGUACUGGAACUUUUAGGGGUAUCGGUAUGCCGUAACACAUAUGUGGAAAAAUUGUCUGGAGGUCAGCGCAAACGUCUAUCCGUAGCACUUGAGUUGGUCAACAAUCCACCGGUGAUAUUUCUAGACGAACCCACUACUGGGCUGGACAUUGUUGCGAUAAAGCAGUGCGUCACCCUGUUGGUCGAUCUCGCCAAACAAGGAAGGACCGUGGUGUGCACCAUUCACCAGCCUACCUCAUCGUUAUUCCACAUGUUCGACCACGUGUAUAUGUUGGCCCGAGGCUCUUGUAUAUACAACGGGUCACCCAAACAGUUGGUGCCGUUCCUGGCACAAGUCGGGCACGUUUGCAAGCCCACGCAUAACCCGGCAGAUUUUGUUUUCGAAGUACUAGAUAACGAUACAAUAGUUGACUUAACGAGAGAAAUUCAAAAUGGAAAAGUAAUAUUAUGUGAUGAUUUAGACGAAAUGGAAAAUGGAAUGGCGACUUCUAAACUUUGUCGUAACGACACGCUAAUUACAUUACCACCAGUUUUCGAUGAUGAAUUAGAUAAAUCAGAAGCGGAAUACCCGUCAUCGUUCUGUACACAAUUCUCUAUACUGUUAGCGAGAAAAACCAAACAAUUUUCUAGAAACACUACUGGACUGUGGAUAUCUUUUUUCCAUCACACAUUCUCAGCAUUACUUCUUGGAAGCAUUUACUAUGGGAUCGGAUCAGAUGGAAAUCGACCAUUUGAAAAUUUCAAGUUUUGUAUCAGUGUAAUCGUUUUUUUUGUUUAUACUCACGUUAUGGGUCCAGUACUUACAUUUCCGUCAGAAGUUAAACUAUUGCGGAGAGAAUACUUUAAUCAUUGGUAUAGUCUUAAAUCGUACUUUUUUGCAUCCACUAUUACAUCAUUACCAAGCAUGAUGUUAUUUGGAUCGUUAUUUCUUUUAAUUGUAUACUUUAUGUCUGCACAACCAAUAGAGUGGGUUAGAUUCAGUGAGUUUAUGGCAAUAGGACUAUUUACUGGUUAUACGUCUGAAGGAUUAGGUGUUCUCAUCGGGUCAUCUGUAAAAAACUCCACCGGCGCCGUGAUGACGCCCGCUCUUCUGGCGCCAAUGCUCGCGCUGGCCGUGUACGGGAUGGGCUACGGGCUGGCCAUCGAGCCCAUUAUGGAGUCGCUGAUGGCCACCAGCUUCCUGAGGUACGCGCUGGUCGGCGUGUGCACUUCGCUGUUCGGCAACGGGCGCGCGGACAUGGACUGCCAAAUAGACGACCUGUACUGCCACUACAAGAACCCGGACCUGCUGCUCCGGGACCUGGGCAUGAGCGGCCGGUCGAUCGUCAACCAAUUCAUCGGGCUAGCCACGUUCGGCCUGUUCUUCAGGCUGGCCGCGUACUACGUCAUCAAGCUGAGAAUGAUGAACCAGUCGCUACGCAAGAUACCGCUAUACUUCAAGAAGUUCCUACGCGGCUAACGAUCCACCACCGAGGCGGCAAAAGCGGCGCGAGAGAACUCGUCGGUCGACUUGCCCGUGUCGCCGUUAUCAUCGUUAUUUAUACGUUAUAAUAUUUACGAUAUGUUAUGUCAUCGUUGUGGCCGGUCCCAAAUCAUCACGUCAUCGAGACUUGAACUUAGACACCGUACAAUACCUGUAUAUGUAGUAUAUAUAUUGUAACGAGUGAGUUGUAAUUUUAUAACAAUGACGAUGACAUAAUACUACGACACUUGCGUUAUAAUAAUAUAAUAUCAUAUAUUUUAAAUUUUAUGCGAAACACAUCGCCACGCGUUAAGCAGGACUUCCGACAAGUAUAGAUACCAUACGAUUAAUUAUAUUAUGUUAUACAUUAUAUUUUAUUUAUACCAUCAAUUUUUAUCACUUCGGUUCCGUUGAGCGUAAUCGACAUAAUAUUAAGUUAUAUUUUAUAAGUUGUAUUUAUGUAUAAUAUUUAUAUGUAACUAUAUAGUACCUACGGCUUUUUUUUUGUUUUGUACUUUUUUUUCUACGUUUUAUACCUAUUGCGAAGUGUUUUUAGUAUUUUCUGUGUUUAAAAACUUUUCGUAAUUGUCCACAAACAGCUUUAGCUCCUAAAAUAUUAAUAGUAAAUUAUAAAAACACUUUUGGUUAAACUAUACAUAAUAUUAUUAUAAUAAUAACAAUAAUAUGUACAUUGGGUCGUAGAAAUAUUUUUAUCACAAACCUCUUGUUUUUUUUUCAACGUUUCGUCUAUCAAAGGAUCGGCGUAAUUAGUGUCAUUCAGUGGAUCUGCAGUGUCUGUACUCAGUGCGUGUGUGCCUGAUUCUAUUGAAAUCUAUAAAUGUAAAAAUAAUUUAAGGGUGAAAAUAAAUAAAACCAACAUAAAUAAAUAUCUAAUGUUGUUGAUUAGAACUUUUAUUUAUAAACAUACAUCUUAUUAUACGGAAUU